UAAGAGCGCACGGCUGAACUGGAGCUCUACCCGCCGCUGCUCGGUGUCUGGAUGCGCCCCUUGCGCGGUAGAUGCGCGUGGCACGGAGGACCGGACCCCUCGCCGCUGUCCUAUGAUGAUGAAUUGAGGAUGGUGGAGGGAACAGACGCCCCAUUGAAGAACAUUUCGACAGGAAAUCGCGAUAUCAAGUACCUCUCCUUCCCCUGGGUGGUGACUUUACUCUCCAGCGUUCUGAUCACUACCAUUGUAGUAGAUGUUCUGGGCAACCUGUUGGUCAUUGUGUCGGUCUUCAGAAACAGAAAGCUCAGGAAGGCAGGCAAUGCCUUUGUGGUGAGUUUGGCUAUAGCAGAUCUGUUAGUGGCCAUCUACCCCUACCCGCUUGUCCUGACCGCCAUCUUCCACGACCGCUGGAUCGCUGGUGAUAUUCACUGCCAGAUCAGUGGCUUCCUGAUGGGGCUCAGUGUGAUCGGCUCUAUUUUCAACAUCACAGGCAUCGCCAUCAACCGCUACUGUUACAUCUGCCACAGCCUUAAGUACGACAAGCUCUUCUCCAACAAGAACACAGUAUGCUACGUGAUCCUGGUCUGGGCGCUGACUGUAUUGGCAAUCGUCCCGAACUGGUUUGUGGAGUCUCUACAGUACGACCCACGUGUUUUCUCAUGCACUUUCGCCCAGUCGGUGAGUUCGCUCUAUACCAUCAUGGUGGUGGUGGUGCAUUUUAUUGUGCCCAUAAGCAUUGUCACCUACUGCUACCUGCGCAUUUGGAUCCUCGUCAUUCAGGUCCGCAGACGCGUCAAGCCUGACAGUCGGCCUAAAAUCAAACCGCAUGACUUCAGGAAUUUUCUGACUAUGUUUGUGGUGUUCGUAUUGUUCGCUGUUUGCUGGGCUCCAUUGAACUUGAUAGGCCUGGCAGUGGCCAUCCACCCUAGACUGGGUCAAUCCAUACCCGAGUGGCUCUUCACCGCCAGCUACUUCAUGGCGUAUUUCAACAGCUGUCUUAAUGGCGUUAUAUAUGGAGUGCUAAACCACAACUUUCGAAAAGAAUAUAAAAGGAUUGUACUCGCUAUUUUCAAGUUUAAUUGUUGAGUUUUCACUAUGAGACGAGCACUGU